AUGACCGAUCUCAACACCAUCUCAUGCCCAUUCUGUCCUUUUAUGGACUCGGAUGCUGACUUUGUAUCCCAACACAUCGAGUUCUGUCACCCAGAAGGCGGAGAUCCCUUUUCGUCGGAUCUAGAACCCGCGACUCAAACCUCACUUCCAUCUGACGCAAGCACAGACAACUAUAUUGAAUGUCCACAUGGAUGUGGGGAAGUGGUGACAGCCGCUGAGCUGUCCAUUCAUCUUGAUCUGCAUCUUGCGGAGGACAUUGCACUAGACGAUGUUGGGGCCACUCCAGCACGCACUCUCGCACGCUCUCCUACAUUUUCCCAAGACGAUGAAUAUGAUAAUGAUCUCGAUAUGGUGGACUCUUACAAAGGUGGUAAGCGUGGAAUGCAAAGAGAUUCUGCCAGAGCCAAUACUGUCAAACCAUCACGGCCUCAUAGUCCCCCGAGGACAACUAAUGCCGACGGUACAAAGAGAUUAGGGCGCUCUGAACUGGGGCCGCAUGCUCACGAAAAGAAAAUGCCUUCGUGGCUCAAGAAGAUGCUAGAGAAGGGCAGCAGCACCUCAAAGCAAACGCAGAUCACAUCUGACGGCAAACUGUCACGCAAAGAGGUAGCCGAGAAUGAGACAGAUCAUUUGGUUCCUGUUUUGGCUCGUCUCUGUGAGCAGGACCAAUCCGUUCAACGGGCUUUCUUCUGUAGCCCUAAGGUCCGCCAUAUCUGCAAGAUGCGUCGAGAAGGCGGGUUUUGUGGCUAUCGCAACAUUCAAAUGCUUAUCUCUUGGUUAAGAAAGUCUCGUGGCUUUGGUCAUGAGCAUUUCCCGGAUAAAGGGCCAACGAUCCUUGAUCUACAAGAUUUAAUUGAGGCGGCCUGGGAUAUGGGAUUCAAUAGUUCUGGCAGAGCUGAAACGGGAGGCAUCAAAGACACGCGAAAGUUCAUUGGAACGCCUGAGGCUCAAGCACUCUUCAUGAGUCUAGGGAUCCCGUGUUCUGCCAGCAGCUUGAGUGAGAAGAACGAUCUACGGGCCUGUGAUGCACUUUACAUGGAGGUCGCCAACUAUUUCCGAUCAGCCUUGACAGAAGACGAGACUAAAAUCGUCAAAACUGAUCUCCCCCCGAUAUACUUUCAACAUCAGGGUCACUCUAUGACAAUCGUCGGAUUUGAAAUCCGGGAUAAUGGCAGUGCAAAUCUGCUAGUAUUUGAUCCUAUGUUCAAGACUUCUCCUGCAAUGGAACGCUUGACUGGGACUUUUGUCAAACCCUCCGAUCCCACUCGUCUUCUCAAAGCAUAUCGCAGAGGAACGCCCUACCUACAAAAAUAUAAAAUCUUCGAGCUUCUGAAACUCUCUAUCACCCCCAACCCCCCCACCGCAUAG